GCCUUACUUUUCUUUCAAGGUCACAAUUUGUUCGUUUGCCAGAUUAGAUUAAAAUGAACUUUACAUCUAUGCUGCUAUGCAUAGAUCUAUGUGUCCUUUCAUACGAGUUCAGAGAUAUAGAAAUCUCGACACGGAAGCUUUUCGAAUAGAACACAACAACCAUGAUAGAAAUCAAGAAGGAGUAAGGAGAGGACCGGUGUGUUUAUAAUUGUCGACCAAAAUGGCUAAUGGUAUGCCGCGGUCUGGAGCUUUCGAUGUUUUUAUUCGCCAACAGUGGUGCCCUGUCAGCGUAACUUUAAAUGAGGAAUCCAUCACACUUACACUUACUGAGAAUCCAGAUCAGGCAACAGCAUCGAACGGUUCGGUUGAUAACGGCCAUGGAUUAGCCAACGGAAAUGCUGAUCUUCCCGAGUCAAUCACAGGCCAAAAGCGCUACGUCAAGGUUAUCAAAGAAGAUCAGCAUGGCCUUGGUAUCAGUAUUAAAGGUGGAAAAGAAAAUAGGAUGCCUAUCCUCAUUUCUAAAAUAUUUAAAAAUAUGGCAGCAGACAAAACGGAGAAGCUAUAUGUGGGAGAUGCAAUACUGUCUGUUAAUGGGGAAGACUUGAGAGAUGCUACUCAUGAUGAUGCUGUGAAAGCUCUCAAGAAAGCUGGAAAAAUUGUUGAAAUGGAAGUGAAAUACUUACGAGAAGUUACACCUUACUUUAGAAAGUCUUCUCCUUUGAAUGAGCUGGGCUGGGGCACACAAGACUCUGUUCAGAAAGAUGGUACAUCCAAGUCCAGUUGGUCAGAAACCAAGACCUUGCCAUUGAAGAUGUGCUAUUUAUGCCGCAAUUUAACUGUACCAGAUUCAGAAAAGAGGACACUGGAAUUACAUUCACCUGAUGGCAAAGGAGUCUGCACUCUACGAUUUCCAGAUCCAGCGACAGCAUCUGACUGGUUUAAUGCUAUUCAUUCUAAUGUCAUGAUGCUUACAAAACAAGCCAUAGAAGAUGCUAAUGAGAUGUUGAGGACGGCACCUAAUCAGCAUGAAAUUAGACAUAUGGGAUGGUUAUCAGAACAACUUACAGGUGAACAAGGUUCUACUAUAUGGAAGCCAGUGUUUAUGGCUUUAACAGACAAAGAUAUCUUACUCUACGAUACAGCACCCUUCAGCAAAGAGGAGUGGGCUACACCAUUUCAGUCACAUCCAUUAUUAGCCACAAGGCUGGUCCACUGUGGGAAACAGAGCAGUCAGAUGACAGGUGCUGAUGUCAUGUCCUUUGGUACUCGAUCAGGAUCCCGCAAUGGUGUAGAAGUUCACAUUUUUCGAGUAGAAACACAGAGAGAUCUUGCCUUCUGGUCACGUGCCUUAGUGCAAGGAUCACAUGGGGCGGCCAUAAUAACAAAACAAGUUUCUUGUUCUGCUGUAUGGAAAAACAAGAAGGCUAAAUUAACAGUGCACUAUGAAGAUGGUUUUACAUUACGAGAAGAUGCCGAAGGUGCUGAGAGACCUGGAGAAAUCUUAUGGUCUUAUCCUUUUGAAAACUUAAGAAUGUCCUCUGAUGAUGGUCAUAGAUUAUUGUGGUUAGAUUUUGCUGAUAUUGGUGAACAGGAGUUGGAUCUGAAUACUUGCCCAAAGCCUAUAGUGUUUGUGAUUCAUACCUUUUUAUCAGCCAAAGUAAGUCGUAUGGGACUUAUAGCUUGAUGAUAUUGUCAGCUGGAACCAUUGAUGUAAAAGGAACUAUUUUUCUAGAUUUGAUACAUUGUUGAUAUUAGACAACGGCUGAGUGUUGAUAGUGUUGGUUGUACCACACCCCAAAUGUAUUGAACGAAAUAUGUUCUUUUAAAUCUUUUUCUUUUAAUUACUGUUUUUAGAAGAGGAUAUGACACACAGUCUUUUGGGACAACAGCCAAAAAUUUCUGAACGGAACAUUUAAUCAAGUCUAUGCCAUUUUCAAAGUUAAUACAUUUCUGUAACAGAAAUUUAAAAAAAAAUCUAUGCCAUUUUUAAAGUUCACAAGUUUUAAAAAACCAACAACUGGUUAACUGAUUGAAUUUUAAUGUCAAAUUUAUUCCUUUGAUUUCUUAGGUUUCUACUGUGUUUUGUUCUGUACUUAGUAGAAACUUGAGAUAUAUAUAUAUAUAUAUUUGUGUAUGCUACGGGUGAAUAGUUGAUAUUGUAAAUAAAAGAUAACCCCAAGAUGAACCAGAAGGUUAGAUUCAGUUAAUUUCUGAAAUGUUAAUGCUGAGAUAUUAAGACAUCUGUUAAUGUAUAGCAAGCUUUCUUGUGAAUUUUUAAAGAAGUAUUCAUUGUAUUAGUCUCUUGCUCUGAUAGUAAGAAUAAAAAUUGUUUACUGUAAUCAUGAAGUGAUACAUUUGUUUUGAACAAACUAUUUAUUUCUCCUUAAUGUCACAUUUUGCUUGCUUUGCAUAUCUUACAAGGUUAUGAGAAAAUAAGGUUGUUAGUUUCAUUUUCUUCCCAAAACUCUUUAAAAUGUUUUUACAUAUUUUACAUUUAAAUUAUGUUUACAGCUUAAAGGUUUCUUUUUUUUGAGGCCUAGAGUAUAAAAAAAAAAUGUUUGGUUGUGUAUGUGUUUUUUUUUUAUUGCAAAUAAUGAGUUUGUUAUACCUACAAACUCAAAGCUGUUGGUGGGGCAGAGGAGGUUGCUUUUUGAAAAAAAUCAUUUGUUUGUUACAUGUGUUUCUUAACAAUUAACUAAUUACAACAUACUUUGACUAAUUGUUAUACAAUUUUAUUUACAAUAGUUAAAAGAUAAUUUUUGUUUUGUUGGCUUUGACCUUUGAUAUGUUACUUUUAGAUAAAAAGAGCUAAAAAAGUUAGUUGCAACAAAUGUGAACGAAUGAAUGAGUACAUUUUUAUAUAAAAUUCUAAUAUAUAUAUAUAAAAAAGUGAAGCUGCAUUCCUAAAAAACUGCAUAAUAUGAGAAUAGGAACUAUCCAUUGCAUUCAUGCUGCUGACAGAGUGUACAGAUACUUGAGUAGUGUAUACAAAUCUUAUUUUUCUUUUCUGUUCAUAGCUCUUUCAUCAAAACACAAAACAAAAUGUGGCCUUUAAUAUCUGUUCUUUUUUAUUUUUUUAUUUAUUCACUUUGAUGUUUCAAUGUUGUGAUUUGAAAAUACAUGAGCUUAUUAUAUGA